UGUUUUGUCUUGUGUGUGCCAGGUCAUCGUUUCUUUUUGAAUUGCAGUCGAAACAGCUCAAGAUAGCAAUUAAGGAUAGGCCGUGGCCGUGCAUAAGCUGAAGGUACUAAGUAAAAAGAUGAUUAUGAUUUGCAGAUCAUGAAUGUAGUUUUGUUAGGUCGUCGAAGGAUCACCAAAGCACCGGCGCACUUCUGGCAGACAAGAACUGCGCAAACCUAUUUUGUUUCUGUUUAUUGUUUCUGUUUCACGUAGACGGUACAACUACAACAUGAACAUCAUCGCCGCUUUUACCUAUCAUGGUUUAAUGCUAAGCGCGUGGGCGUGCCACGCCUCGGCCUCCGCCUGCUGUGCAUGUGUUUGAGCGAGGCAGCAGGACGAAACAUACACUGGCGCGCCGACGCCGUAAUGCAGAUGCAGAGCAUCUCCAUGCCCAUGGUCCCAAGAGUAACUACAUCAAAAGUGGUUACUUCCACCGGCGCAAUGAACAAGCUUGUCGGCUUGUCAGUAAUAUGCCCUCUGUGGUUUGUUCUAUGUUUCUCCACUACAACCACUGGCGUGCGCAUGUGGCACGCACCCGAAGCACCGCCGCGCCUGGGCGCUACUCACGCGCAACCCGGCGGUGGAGUGGUAUUAAACGCUCCCGUCGAUGACGACGCGGAACUGGAUCGGUGGAACGAAGAACGAGGCCACGUGAUCCAGCCGAUACAGGUAGUCAUGCAGCUGGCCUCCACCUCUGCCCAGCUCCACCAAAAACAGGAAGAGGCCAAGGCUCUCCGCGCACAGUUGGAUCACCACACCAUCAGUAAAAGAGAGUGCGAGCGGCGUAUGGCGUCGCUCGAAACGGAAAUAGAAGAGAUGAAGAACGCCAAGAGCCAGGCGAAGGAGCACUCGAAGCUGCGACACGCGGAGCGGGAGCGGACGUUUAAAAUUGCGCUGGAUAACCAGGAGCGGGAGGCGUCGGAGAAGCUGUCGCAGGCGGAACUGGAGAAGAAGAGACUUUUCGAGGAGAAACUCAAUUUGGAGCGCCAAUACCGGACGAAAACGGCAGAACUGCAGAAGCAAAUGCAAGAGCAGCAGCGGGCGACUCUGAAGGAGGGCAAGGACUUGUUGAAGGGGUUGCAGGGGCAGGUGGGCUCGCAGGCGAAAAAGAUCGCAUUGCUUGAGAACCGCACCAAGGAGGCGGAGAAACAGCGGAAGGAGGCACAGCAGAGCUGCAAAUUGCAAACGAAAAACACAGAGAAGCUAUGCGAAGAACUAAAGGACAUCGUGACGCGAGCAAGAGCCCAGAUGGUUGGAAAUGCAAAACAACAGCAAGGAAGUCCGACUGGAGCAGGAAAAAAGAAGCAGCGUGGGGCGGGAUCGUUUGCAGGCCCUUGUCAAGAAGAACUCGAGGUAAUAUUAAAACCUCAGUCAAUCUUUUAUACUCGACCUGUGCUUCGCUUCUUCUUGGUAGCGACCGGGAGACCUGAAAAUGUGAAUCAAUAUGAUCAUGUUGAGUACUUCUGCUUGGAUUCUGUUAUACCGCAGGCGUAGGCGUUUUGGUUCGAAUACAACGGAAAUCGAUUGUUCGCAGGCACUGAUCACCGGCGUAUUAUCGCAAGUGGAGGGAGCUCUGGCCAAAAGACAGCGAGUUCCUGCAUCCUCUGCUUCAUCCUUUGAAGCGGUUCCAGAAGCUGACCACGCUGCAAACGAAACGCCCUGCAGGAACACCAGCAGUCCUCCGAGUCUACUGUUGAAGUCCGGCCUGAAGCGCACAGUGUCCUAUGGAGGAUCGUCUGCCAGCAGCGAGCAGCGACCGCUCUCCGACACGACCGCGGUGGAGGCCGAGCUGCAACUUUGCGAAGAUCUGCAGAACCUGGAUUUGCAGGACCUCGCGGACCAAGCAAUGCGAAAAUUUGAGCAGGUGGAUCUCAGUCUGGUAGAAGGGUUAGCAAGUGCCAUGCUUGCCACUGCUGCUGAAACCGCCGAAGAUGGCGAGGAUCCACCAUCUCUGUGCGCGUCGCCCGUAGAUUCCAUUUCGCCAAAAGAUGAUAUUCUUCCUCCAAGCGCAAUAGCAGGAAAGAUUCUUCGUUCGAAAGCUGCUUCAGCCUCCUGCGAUGUGGACCACGAAAGGGACAGGGACUCCACAAUCUCUGGCGGAAGUAGCCGAAGCACACGGCCAGGCAGCUGCACGCCUCUGAGUUCCUGUUCUGUCGGUCUUUCAAGUCCUGGAGGUGGGGGCGGUCCCAGGGAUAACAAAAGUGAAUGUACAACUCCGUCCCCAGCGAGUGGCAGCUGUAAGACCAAGACGCCGGGUCGCUCCUCGCCGAAUGCAAUGGCUGGCACUAGAAAAGGAGACCAGAAGUCAUCUUCCAACACGACUGCCAAGAACAGGUUUGUGCGGCAAAAAACGCCCACAGAUGAAGGAAGUUUGCAUGAUCAUGCUGACGAUGACGAACUACUGGCAGCGGCGAUGCGGGAGAACAAGAGUUGCAGGAAAGCAGCGGAGCAGCCAACACCGCAAAACUCGACGACCUUGAACGAUCUUUGUGCCGGAUUCAAAAAGAUGGCGAUUGGUUCGCGAAAGUAUCUAGAAGCGAGCCGAGAAGAGUGGCGGGACCUGUACCAACACGCAGCUACGAUGCAGGAUGAGUUUUACGAUUUCAUUCGGAAUGAAAUCUGCCAGGAAUUCGUCCCCUACCUUGGAAAACGCACACAGGAAGUCUGCCAGUCGACAAAAAAUCUCGCCCAACUCGUCGCAGCGUCCGUUAAAGAACUUUGGCAGGACGACGUGUUUUGGCAGUGGCCGCCGGCCAAGAAGUGGGACGCGCUUGCGUACGACAGUUUCCGAAAGUUCAACGCCGUGGCCUUUACCUGCGCGGUGUUUGCCGCCUGCACGCACGGGUGCGGCUACAAAAUGGGAAACUUUUUCCUGGAAAGCACGCCGGUCCCCAAACUCUGCUGCGUGGGGACAUUCACCUAUCUGCAGCAGACCGCGAUGCACGAGAUUUUCAUCCCGGCCCGGGAUUCCAACCAGCUGUGCUACCGGUCCGCCGCGGCCUGGGUGCUGUGCAGUGCGGCGAUUGCGUUCGUGUUUGUGGACCGGAUCAAGACGCAGGAGGAAGUGCACAAAUUCAUGAUCGAGAAUGAAAGGUACUAUCUCCACCCGACCGCGCUGGUGCCCAUUGAGGCCAGCUUGGCGCUGGGCGCGCACCUGAUUAUGGCCUUGUGGUGCACGGUGAUACGCCCACCUGGUGGCGUGCGGGAGCAUUUGUGCAAGAUGUCGUGGCCACAAAUCUUGGGCGGGGUUGACGUGACCAAAGCGUUGGAAGUAGCAAAGAAGGACUGCGCAGCGGCGACGGGCGCGUGUGACAAGUGCGGAAAAACGGACUGUCGCCAAGCUGCUGCUGCGCGCGCUGCAACAUCCUCCCAAGAAGGUGUCACUAUGUCAAAGAACCAGAGAAUGAAGCUCAGAAAAGCACAAAAACAGGAGCUCGAAGAACAGGAAAAAAGGCAAAAACAACAAGAAGCUGGAGUAGACGUCGCGCUAAGUACAGGUAGGCAAGAACCUCCCGGACCCGAACAUUUAGCUGCAUCAGGCGCGGUCUUUUUCGCUGUGCGCGAAGCAGCCCUUGCGCAUGCACCAACAGCGGAGAAGAAAGAGACGAAAGAAAAUCAAGGGGAAGUGACGGGCCCCAGUGCUGUCGCUGUACCAACUCCCGCAACUCUUCUGUCCGGGCGUGGGUCCGAGUCGGCCGGCCCACAUCGUAAUGGCGAGAUCACAUUCACGGAGGAGAGUCAGGAAAUAAAUAAAACAACUGAACCCGCCGCCAGCUCGUAUUACGCUUUUGAGGCUGCACGAGCAACUGCUACAAGAACUGACACCCCUUCUUCUACAGCUCUUUCAGGGACCAGCACGCCGUCGGUUGUUUUACCGUCUUCCCAUCCUUGGCCUUCGAAGCAGUUCUGCAGCUCGUACAUGAAUUGUAACAGUAGGAACAAGGACGACGCCGACACCAGAAGCGCACGGAACGUCAUCAAGAGCAGCCGUGCGACCUCUCCGCAAGAAGAUGCUCUAGAUGGAGCAGGCGGGAAAGUCAUUUCUACUAAGAGUGCUACUUCAUCUCCUGGGCAGGCGUCGCGGCGGGAUGAGCUCGAGCCCGAAGCACUGCUCGACUGAGCAGGGAGACGAUAUUUUACUCUCAUAAUUUUCCAUUUGCUGCUCCUUCUGUAGCAAGUUCGUCGUAUUAUUUCACAAACGGUUUUGAAUUUGGGAAUAAAGCCAUGUAAUUGCAAGAUUAGUCGAAUUAGGAUUAAGAACUGUAAAAAAAAAUGAUGCAACCGCUGCUGUUUUGCAAAAGAUAGCUCUGGUAGCUGCUGUGAACGAGAACAACAAUGACUGGCUGCAAAAGGAAUCACUUCAUUUUGAUCUAGUUUUCAUUUUCUCUUGUGGUUGUGUUGUCCUUGUGAGGAUGCGGAUGUCGCUCGAGCAACUUCAUCUUCGAUGAGUCAUUGCCUCUGCAUUCAUCUGCUUCUGCGGGGCUUUCGCUUCAGAAGUACACGAAAUCAAUAAAUUUAUAUUCUUCACGGCUGCUGGUGUGUGCGUGUGUCCUCC